CUUCUUUUCCCAUUAUCCAGGCAAAUGCAAGAGUUACCAUGACUGAUGCCAAAGACUUUUGGCUCUGGUAGUGGAAACUGGGAAGCAAUGGUGAAAUGAGGUAAGAAAAUCCGGGGCCAGAAGGUGGACCCAAGUCAUCAACUGCUCUUCCCAGGAACUUGCUCUUUUUGGAUAAGUGCUACUCAUCCCUAAUCCAACCUGCUGCCAUAGCCUACAGCCCCCUCCGCCUGAUUCUGAACCCCACUCAGGCUGGAGCAGAUGCACACACCGCGGGGAGCCUCAUUUGCAGGAGAUGAGUGUUCCCUUGCUCUAUUUUAAUGCUUGCUGCCGGGUCGGUGAAGGAAGAUUUGCCAGAAAUCACGGAGAAGAGCGACAGCCAAGCUUUCUCAAGCAAAGACUAGUCAGCCCACAACAGCGAAUCAUGGCUUGCACAGUAUUUAACGGUUCACGUAAACAAGUUUCUCCCCUGCCUGCAUGCACUUUUGGAGCCAGCUCCGGCAGACGUGGGCAACGCCGGGGAGGCCUCCUGCGGGGCUCGGCGGGGACGCAGGCGGUGCAGUCUCCGGCACCAGAGCCAAGGGCCACGGGGAGGCUCUGGGAACCGCCCUUCCCGAUCCCCAAGGACAGGGUGGGCCUUACUAAAUACCCUGCUCGGUCCGAUAGCAAAGACCAAGUUCAAAUACAAAACGUCCAGCCUGGGGCGUGUCCGGAAAGGCCGCCCAGAGAUCCGGCCAGCAGCCCCCACCGAGCCAAGCAGUCGCACCCGCUACUUUGCGGAGCCGAGCCGGGUUACUGCGCCUGCGCGCUUCGGCUCCGCCCCCACGCCGCUUUCGGAGGCCUAGAGCCUGGAGGCCGCCGUCGCUUAGCAACGCGGGAGUCACAGUCGCGGCUCUCCACGCACCUCUUUCCUAGCAGGGCUUAGUGCCUGAUCUUCGCGUGAGGCUCCUCGCUGCCUCGUGUCAGGCCGUGGGAGCCCAUGGAGGGAAAGGAGGAUAAGCGGCAACAGCAUAAAAAAAUAGAAGAUGCUGGUAUAGAGUAUGUAACUGAAAAAAAAGAAGAAAUCAAAUAUGACGAAAAACCCGGGAAAAGUGUACAACGUUCAAAACCAUGUGUCGGGAGAGGACGUGUAUAUUAUGCAAAAUUCAUUCAUACAAAUGCAAGAACAUUGAAUGAACCAGUUCCUUACAUAGAUCCCCAAAAAGGGCCAGAAAAACAGGGUGACUGGUGGUCGCACAGUAAAGGAAUGGAACACCCCUUCCAACCACCUUAUGAUACUAAGAGCACCCAGAGGAGUGACUUUCAAAAACCAACAUGUCCAUUGGUUUUGCCAGUCAAACAGAGCAAGUUGCAAAAGCCUUCUUGUGGAAUAGUUCCACUUGCCUCUCCUGAAGCAUCAGCAGAACUUCAAAAGAAUUUUAUAGAACACAUCUCUUAUUUACAUCAAUACGAUGCUAGGAAAAGUCCCAAUGAGCCCAUCCGGGGAAAGCGACAUGGAGCUUUUGUGCAGACAGAGAUAAAACCAGGGAGUAGGCCAAUAGUUCCUACGGGAACAGAGGUAUUACGGAACGCUGCGGGGUCAUGCUCAUCAGAACAGUCCAAAAAAACAGAGAAAGGAAACUCAGCGGAAAGCAAAAUGAUCUCACCAGGUCUCUGCUGACAAAAUUCCCCAGAGCUGUUAGAGACUGAAACUCACUUAUCAGAAACAGACGUCAGAGGGGCAGCCAAGGCAUGCCCCAGAAGUCCUGAGAGAAGAGAGAAGGCUGCAGACACCUUCCAAAUAACUGCAGUAAAUGCUCUUCUCCCCAGGCAUGAUCCUUUAAAUCCACCAAUAAAAAGCCAGAAUAAAUCAGGAUAAAUUACCUUCUUCA